UCGACUAUCCAACCCAGACCAUCUUCUGACGAGUUAGUGGAUAUACACAUCUACUUACUUCCUUCGGAGAAAUGGAUAGAAAGGAGAAAACUUGCCAAAAAUAUUGCUAUGGAUUAUUCAAUUUCGGCGGGAUUUGUCAGAAUUCAUCCGUCGUGUAAUUUACUCCAGUUAAGAGGAGAAAUAGAAAUGCAGUUAGGUAGGAAAGCCGUACCAGAAAAUUUCGUUUAUCUAAAGAGCGUCGGUAGAAAUUUAACUCAGGUAAGGCCACGACAAGAAGCUGAAGUGAAAAUAAAGAAUUUUAUGCCCCCUUUCGCAGAAGAUCCAGAAAUUUAUUUAAAAGAAGGGAUAUAUUCAGAAAUUGGGGCCGAAGAUAGUGGAGUAGAAGAGGAAGUAACUAAAGAUAUGUCAAAAAAGGACGUUAACGAGGACGAUGCAGAUGGAAACGAUAACGAAGUCUCUGAUGAUGGCGAAUGUAAAGAUACUUCAGCAGUCGAGAAUGCUAAUGGCGAAGAAAUAACGGAGCAGAAAUUAUCUGACGCCCAAAAUAUCGAAGAUGCAGAAGAGGAGAAAGAUGGAGAAAAAAAUGCCAAAGCUAGCGAAUUGGAAGAAUUGGAGCAGGCAGAAAUGCAAACAGAAGAUAUUGAGUUCUCUCAAGAUGAAGUAAAGAAAGGAGAAUCGAAUGAAAAUGUAAACAUCGAGCCAAAUGGAGAAACCGGAGAAGAGGAGAAAGAAAAUAUGAAAGAGGCAGAGAACAACGAGCUAAAUACGGACGUUGAAAAUGUGACAAAAAGUGAGGAAGGUGGCGAGGAAGUCGAGGAUAAGAAAGAAACCGAUGAGGAAAAAUUGGAAGAAAAUAAAGAGGGAAGUGAAGAAGAAAUUAACGCAGAAAAUAAGGAUGAAAAAGAAGAAGAGAAUGAGGAAGAAAACACAACAAAAUCCGAAGAAAACACCGAACAAAGUGAAGAAAAAGUGGAAGAAGAAAAUGUUGAAGCUGAAAAACAGGAAACUGUUGCUGAAUGUAGCGAAGAAAAGAAUGUAGAUGAAAGCACACAAGAAGAAACGACUGUCCAAGAUAAUGAAGAAAAGGAGGCAGAAGAUGGUACUCAAGAAGAAACAGCUGUUGAAACCACUGAAGUGACAGAAAAUAGUCAAGAUGAUAGUCAAGUUUGUGAAGCUAAUAAAGAAGAACAAGUUUCUGAAGUUAGUAAAGAAGAAGAGGAGAAAGAAGAAGAAAAAGCCGAAACAAAGGAAGAAAAUAAAGAGGAAACUCAAGCCGAAAAUGAAGCUAACGAUGAAAAUCAAGAAGAACAAGCAAAAGUUGAAACCCAAGAAAAUAAAAUCGAGGAACAAGAAGUUAAACAAGAUGCAGAAGAAAAUGAAGAAGGAGAUGCUGAAGAAAAUCAAGAGCAGCCAAAUGCUGAUGAACAGAAAGAUGAAGAAUCCGAACAGAAAGACGAAAAUAAGGAAAAUGGAAAUGAAGAAUCUGAAACGAAAGAAAAGGCUGAAGAAAAUACGGAAGAAUCGAACGAACAGAAUAAAGCAGAAACUUCGGGUUCGACGGAAAAUGUGCAUAAAAAGAUGACAAAUUUAGAGAUUUUAAAAGCAGAAACGAAUCCUAAAGAAUUUCAACGUCUUAACGCAGAAGAGAGAGAAGAAAAAAUGAGAAAAUUGAUCAAACUUUUAGAAAGAACUAAAAGAGAAAGGAAAUAUUACGAAAUGCAAAGAGCAGAAUUAGUAAAACGAGCCAAAGAAUUAAAAGAAUUAAAAAUGCAUCAACUAGAAAAAGAUUCUCGUUAUAACUAA